CAUCUUCACUGUAGAGUCUGAUAUUAAAUGUUACCAGACAAACCAUGGCAAGGGUCUGGCUCUUUUCUUGCCUUCUGCUCACCAUGGCUGUGUAUGCACUGACUUUUGAAUUCAAUCGCAUUAAAGGUAAGGCAAGAUUUUUUAUCAAUAUGAAAAAAGGGAUGCUGCAAAUGUUUUGAGUUUCGUUGCAUUGUUAUGGGCCCGGGCAAUACUUAUUUAUAACUAUUUUGAUCACACUUUACUUGAAGCAAUCAGAUAUAAUGCUGUAUUACUUGUUAUAAGCAUGCAUGAGCACUCAUAAUGUCUUAUUAAUGUGCUUAUAAAAUGUCAUGUAUUUCUAUGUGGAAUUUCUUUAAUGGAUUAAACAUAUUAAGUAAUUUAGGAUAAUUUUUAGAUGAUAGCAAGACAUUAUAACAAGUUAUUCAAAGAUAACAUCUUAUGACAAGUCUUAUUAUGCAUUAUACAUUAUACAAUAAUUGAAGUAAUAAUGUUUUUUUCUUCAGUUUUCAUUAUUUUUGUGUGUAGUCUACUCUUAUUGCAAUCCAUUCCAUCUGAUGGAUUUGACUUGUGCAGUUUUCCCUGAGGUUGGCAGAAUCUCCGGAGUGUCCAUGGUGUCUUAUGGGAAUCAAUACGCCCUGAAUGCCUCUCAGGCUAGAGCCAUGUGCCUGUUCCUGAACGUCACCAUAGCGACCAGGGAACAGGUCCAUACUGCUCACCAACAUGGACUGGAGACAUGCGGGUAAAAAGCACAGCACAAAUAAAAGUUCUCAGAGCAGGGUUAAAUAUCCACUACCAAAUAAUAUCUCAUGUGUGGUCUUUCAAUCAGAUAUGGCUGGAUAGAUGAACAGAUUGCAGUUAUCCCUCGCAUUGUGCAGAGCAUGAAAUGUGGCAGGAAUAACAUUGGGUUAUUAACAUGGAAAACAGCGACAAACAAAGCCUUUCAUGUGUUUUGUUUCAAUUCAACAGGUAAAUAUAACUUUUAUAUAUUGAAUUAUCAUGCAUGUUAAAUUAACUAAAGCAGAGCAUUGAUCAUAAACAUGUUGCAAUGAAAAAUGCAUUUAAAAAAUAGUUUGAAUGUGCUUUACUUUAGAAAAUGGACUUGUUGAUGCCUUCUCUCACAGAUUUAGAGAAUCCUUUGGAUAUCACAACACCUAAAGUCCAGACCACAACAAAAACUACGACCACUACAACAGUCUCAACAUCAGCACCAACUACUACCAAAACGGUGAAAAACAGGGUCAAGACAACACCUAAAGUUCCAGCACCUAAAUCAACGAUACAAGUCUCAAGAUUGGCCCCCACUACCACAACAACAACCACUUACCUGGUCCAGUCAACAACCAGCUUCAUCUCCACCUCUCCUCCUCCCUCCCCAUCCCCAUCGUCCCUCUCCUCCCUCCCUUGUCCCACUUCCCUCUCUCACUUACUUCCCACAUCCUCUCGCUCUCUCCCCAGCUCUUUCUCUCCCUCGUCUACACCUCUCAUCUCGUUUUUGUCUGUCACCUCUUCCUCCCUUGUUUCCUCUCCUUCUCAAAACACCUCCACCAACCACGUUGAAAGCCCUGUCGGAGGUAGGUGAUCAUCCUCAUAUUGCUAUUUGUCAUUGUCAAUGACAUUUAUGAUCAGCUUCCAUUUUAGCUGUGUAUAAUAUAUUUGGCACACCUUUAUCCUUUCAGCAAUACCUACGGCGCUCCUCAUCACUCUACCCUUGCUGGCUGCGGCAGUUGCAGUGUGCUACUACAAAACGUGGGUCUUCUUAUGUUUACAUUGCUGUGUACUUACUUUGAUCAUAAGCAUGUUAUACAUAUUAUACUAUACGUUGAUAGUAAAGAUUUUAUACAUGAUUAUGCGUGAAUAUAUUUAUAACUAACCCAAGAUAGUUAAUCUGUGUCGUUUACAGUUGGAGCAAAUGAAGCAUAGUUGGCAGAACAAGCAAAGAGGUGGGCAGAGCCAAGCACGAGCUAGUGAGAUCCUAUUGGCGCGUUGUAGCAUGUAUUUGCAUAUUCCCAUUAGGGAAAGUGUCCUCUGUGAAGUGCGCAUGUGCACAAACUCAAUUCGACCUUGCACUCCUAAACAAUGCAAUUUUUAACAACGUCUAUAAAACGUAGAACAAUGUGUUCGUAACAGAUUUUAGUUUUGGGAACAUCAUAUAUUUUUUGGAUCAGAUGUUUCAUUGAUGAGAAAAUGAGUAGAAUGCCGGCCCAGUUUCACCUAGUUCCAUCCUCUCCCACUACCCGCGACUGGACUUCCUCUCACUACCAAGUUUGGUGGUGAGAAAAUGUACUAAACGGAUGCUUCAGCUUUAUAGUCCCUGUGAUGUGUCUGGGUUACACCUUCUGUCUGUGGUAAAAAUGCACUAUAACUGUUAGCGUAACAUGUUACCAUUUUGCUCUUCUUCUCUCCAUGUUUCUUUUACAUUUACUUCAAAGGACCAGGGGUGUUUUCCCAGUCCAAUUAUGGCGCAGAGGACAGCACAACUUGAAGCAUGACAUAGAGACUGAGAUGUGGAGACACACGGACAGUGAGAUGGAUCUGCAGGACCCACAACAGAGAAAAGGAGGAGAGGAGAAUGGAGACAGGAAGUCCACCAGUGACAUCAUCAUCAGUAAUCUAGAGACCACAACAAAUGGCCCUUAGUAGCAAUAGACGGCCAUGUUGAGGGGGAUUUACAGUGCUGAAAAAGACAUUAGCAAAAUAUAUAAUUGACUAACAGAAACUGCAGAAAUAAGUAUUAGGAACUGUAGACAUAAGAGAGGUCUGCAGAGGUUUUUUUCAGAAAAUGUUUCUGAUAAUUCAAUGUAUUUUUUUUAAAUAAACGAUUGUAAACAAUCAAACGAAAAUGUUUUCCUUUGCCUAGAUUCCCUGUCAUCUAUUUAUUUCCGUUUUAUUUUUUAUUAAUUCAUUUGAUUUGUCUGUCCAACUUGCAUUUUUUACAGUUUCAAGUCACAUUUUGUUUUAUGAGUUGCAG